AUGGCGCCCAGUAUCGACCACACGGCAUUCCCAGCCAUCGUGGUCAACAUUAUCCAGCACGCCGACCUCAAGACGCAGCUCGUGUUCUGUCGCACCUCCAAGCAACUGUGCGCACUCAUCGACAAGAAGCAUUUCAAGCACGCCCUGCUCACCGACUUCGAACCUCCACGUUACUACAUCGACUUCCCCUCGCUCCCAACGUUCCCUCCGCACGCCGACAGGUACCCAGUCCUGUACCGCGCCGUCCAGGUCGUCGACGUGAAGCUGGCGGUCGAUCCGCCCAGUAGCAUCUAUCAGCUGGAUGGCGCGACAUCCGUGCACACAAUCAGGCGCAUUGGAUGGGUGUCGACCCUGGCGCAAUUUGUGUUGCCCGACGACCUGCGCACAGUGGUCGACUUUGUCGACGCCGCAGACUACAUGGAGGGCCCCCGCAUUACGGUGUCCUCUACUCAAGAACGUCACAUCCUCCACAUUCGCUGGGACCACCGCAAGUGCAAUGAAGAGUGCAUUCCGUGUAUAUCGUUCAACCUGAACGGUCCGUCAAUCAACCUCAAGGAAUUCGUCAUUGCCCUCUGGGCGGGUGACUUGGACGGUGACGAGAUUACCCAGACCCUGCUGCACAUCGUUCUUGACCUCGCCUCCUACCUUCAGUUCGUCGGAAAGAUGAAGAUUGUCGGGCUCGAGCGGACGGCCAUAGGGGGAGAGGCGAGCAACUUUCAGACCAAAGUCAAGGUGCUGCGACAGCACCUGCUGGCUGGUGUCGGGAAGUUGCCCAAAGUCAAGAACCAUGCCGAAGAGCUCGACCGCGCCAUCACGUUCCUCACCUUCGACGAGUGGUGGAAGGAGCUCGGGCAGCGCAAGGAGACAGAGGGCGUCUGGAACCCUUUGGCCAAGAUUGAUGACGACGACGACAGCACCGACGACGACGGCACCGACGACGACGACGGCUCGAGCUCCGAAUCCGUUGACGAGGACGCUCCCUUGGGCCCAUACAGUGACACCGACUUCCAUGACUGGCCCGACGAUGACGAUGUGAACUCGGCCGACAUCGCCGAGGGCAUGGAGUUCGACCUUGGCUGGACGCACGGCUGGUAUUAA